AUGACUGCCCCUAUCCCCAUUAAGAUUGAGGAGGUCCAAGCCCACCUGGCCCAGUACAAAGACGAGAAAUAUGUCGAUGGAUGGGCUUCGCUCUGGGAUAAGGGCGGCAAGCUGCCCUGGGAUAGGGGAUUCCCGAACCCAGCCCUGGAGGAUACACUGAUCCAGCAGCGAGCCACCAUUGGCGGCGGGCCCAUGGCCCAGGAUGCACAAGGCCAGUCAUACAGGCGCAAGGCUUUAGUACCUGGCUGUGGCAGAGGCGUUGAUGUGCUUCUCCUGGCCAGUUUUGGAUUUGAUGCCUAUGGCCUUGAAUACAGCGCAGCUGCCGUUGAAGAAUGCAAGAAGGAGAAGACAGAGAAUGACAGUUGGUACCGGGUUCGAGAUCAGACGAUUGGACGAGGCAAGGUCACAUUUGUGCAGGGUGACUUUUUUGACGAUGCGUGGUUACAAUCUAUUGGUGUGUCGCUGAAUGGAUUUGAUGUGAUCUAUGACUACACAUUCUUCUGUGCCUUGAGCCCAGAGCUUCGACCCAAGUGGGCGCUCCGCCACACUCAGCUUCUGGCUCCCUCUCCGAAGGGUAAUUUGAUCUGUCUCGAGUUCCCCCGCCACAAGGACCCUCUGGCUGCUGGACCCCCAUUCGCCGUGUCCUCGGAGGCGUACGUGGAACACUUGAGCCACCCAGGCGAGGAAAUCCCAUAUGAUGCCAAGGGCUUGAUCAAGCAAGAUCCCCUGCGGGCGCCUAGCAAAUCUGGCCUUGAGCGAGUGGCCUACUGGCGGCCUGAGCGGACCCACGAAAAUGGACAAGGCGAGAACGGGGUGAUUCAUGAUAGAGUUUCUAUCUGGCGCAGAUGUAACUAA